CAGGCGCUGCUGCGUGCAGGUAAAAAGGAGCAAGCGACACAAACAGAAAACAUUUAUCGUGACUGAAAGCGAGGGGGGAAAUGGAAACGGGCCGCCAGGUGAGAGGCUAUCUUGUCGAGGAAGCUCAAAUGCGACGCGUUUAAGUGCGUGAAAAAAGCGCAACACCUUCUGGUUCUUGGAAGAAAGUGGCGUUGUGUCAACCAUCGUUCAGGCUCCCGGGCACGCUUUGUACAGCAAGCAACUUGGACAGCUGCGUGUUUUCAAGCAAGCCAUCAACAAAGAAUGAAAGCAUUCAAACGAGCUCUGGAAGAUGAGCAUCGCCCAGAGCAGGAGCACUCCUCGGCCGUGUCGGACAGCGAUGACGGCUCCCCCCUUGACCUGUCAGGUAGAGGACUCUUUGGGAAGCGCCGUCGCCGCGGCAACCUGCCCAAGGAGGCGGUGCAGAUUCUACGGAGAUGGCUGUACGAGCACCGUUUCAACGCCUACCCAUCAGAGCAGGAGAAGCUGAGUCUGUCGGGCCAGACCAACCUCUCUGUGCUGCAGAUCUGUAACUGGUUCAUCAAUGCACGCCGACGCCUCCUCCCAGACCUCCUUCGCAAAGAUGGCAAAGAUCCCACCAAGUUCACCAUCUCCCGCAAGGUCGGAGGCAAAAGCGAAGGCCCCUCAUCUAACGGAGGUGGCGCCAGCUCUCCAGAAAGUAACUCUUCCUCUUCUUCCACUCAGCAACGCCCAUCUGUCAUCCGCUCUGCUCCCACGUUGGAUCUCAGCCUUCUUGGUAACACGGCUACAGCUAUCCUGACAGGAGCAGGCUACCCCGGCAAGGAGGGCUCAGUCCAGGCUCUGAUGAAGCUUGAUACACAGAGUCUGCUGAGGGAAGCAGAGGAACAGGGGGCUUCUCUCUCCAGCACAACAGCAGCAGCUAGCCCCACCAGCGGCCUCUUUAACACACCUCCACCGACUCCUCCUGAGCUGUUCCCAACGCACGACUUCAGCGACCUGAGGCUCCUGGUGGAUGCAGCUCUGCAGAGAGCAGCAGAACAGGAAAAUCUGAAGAGACUCAAGGAGAGCCAGAACAGACCAGCAGAGGCUGUUAAGACUGAACUAGUGCAGGCUUACAGCAGUGACAUGGGGCCUACACCGCCUCCAGAGGACAGCCAGCAGGUUAUGGAUCCUUCAAGGGUGCAGAGUCUGAUGGAGAAGGCAAUGGCUGCUCCAGCUUCACCCGUAGCUUCAAUAUCAGCCUCUGUAGCAGUCCCAGCUCCUGUUUUAGUCGCAGCACAGAGGCAGUCUCCUCUUCCAAUGAAUAAAAUCAUCUGGAGCCCAAUGGAGAAGCCUGCUGCCAGAUCUUCCAGCCCAAACCAGCCUCUUCUUAUCCCAGUGCCAGUUUCUGCCUCAGUCUUAGUCCAGCCGAAUGCUCAGAAUCCAGUUGCUGCUCAAACGUCAUCAUCAACUCCAACCUCCAGCCCUGCUCCACUCCCCUCUACAUGCUCUACAGUGCCAGCUACAAGGCCAGCCUCGGUGCCAUCUCCUGUCCUGCUUCCUGGCAAGCACAGCCCCCCCUCCGUCACUAGUCCAAGCCAGGGCUCAACCCAAAGUAUAGCAUUUGUUUCGACAGCCCCUGCCCAGAGAGGAGUCCCACUUUACCUACCGUUCCACAACUCCCCCCUCAUCCCCGUCGCUGUCACUCAUACGUUGCCCGUUUCAACCACACAGUCAUCACCAGCCUCAGCUCUCGACUCUACACAAGCUCCAACAACUCCUCCUGCUUCUGCCUCAACAACUUCCCCUCCUCUAAUGGCUUCUCAGCACACUCCUCAGUCUUCUUCCUCCUCUAGCAGCAGUAGUAGCAUUAACAGUAGCACACAGAGGAAUUCAGCAAUAGUCCCCAGCGUCUGGAGUGUGGUCCACUCUGAAAGCAGACAACCCACCUCUAUUCAAGUGGUGAAGACCCCCAUUAGCAGUGUGUGGGGCCCACAGCACAGUCUGCACACCGUGAGUGAGACUGUUAACUAAUAGCUGGAAGCUAUUAGUGUAAAUGUUUAGAGGCAGAGAUCUGACAUUCCUUUUGGCCAGACAACAAUGUAAAUAGGAGAAUGUAUCAUCAUCCCUUUCAUUAAGACUGUGCCUGCAGAGAACAGGGAACUUGGAAAAGGUGACUUCCAGAACACUAGGUGUGCCAUUUUAUUGUCUAAAUAUGUUCAGUAAGGAGGCACCUGCUGGUUAUGAACAAUCCCCAGUUUGACAUGAAAGUAAAGUGCUUUUUUAUUUUUAAAUGAAACGUUCACAUUUCUUUCCACAUGACAUUUAUGAAUGAGGAGAAAAAUAUCCAGUAAUUGUAAAUGUUUCAGUCAGUGUAGUCUCCAGCACCAGCAGUUAGCCUCUUCAGUAGCAGUACCGGACUCUGUUGAAUGUACAAAAGUCAGUUUUAUCAUUGGCUAGGCUGCCUGUCAUUCAUCCCCCCCAGGAGGAAGGGAAGACAGGAUUUCUCAUUUUUCUUGCACAUCUCCCCCUUUUCCUUGGAGAUGAAUAGAAGGGAACGUGAUUGUACUCAAGCUUGUCUGAAUGUCAAGCCUUGACUUUCAUACUCGUAUCUCUUCCUCACUUCCUGUCUUUUUAGAGCAAAGUGACUACAUUGGCCCUCGUUAUUAUCUUGCAAGCUUUUUAACACCAAGUAUUUGCUUUCCUGGUUCACUUCCAGAUAUUUUUUGGAUGAGAGCGAAGCGUCUUCUUUAUGUGUAAAUACUUCAGGGACUGAUGUUAAGGGGGAGACUGGUUGAGAUAGGAUGAAGCAAAGAAUGUCGUAUUGGAUAUGUUACAGAAAUCAAUGUCAGUGGAGAGGUGAGCAGCUUGGUGAUCUGAUGACAUCACGCUCUUACAUUUUCACUGAAACGUUACACCUGCUGCUGAGAGUCGAGGCACCUUUUCUCUUUGGUGCUGCAAACACUUUUAAUGUCUAAUCCUCACAUUUAGGGAUGAUAAUUUAUUCGGAUUCUCCUGUCCAGUGAGCGUAAGGACCUGGUCAAUGUAUUUCAAGCCUGAAUGUCUUACAUUAGGAAAGAAACUCAUGAGUAAAGUGUCUUGAUAAAGCAAAUGUAGCAGAUCAACUGAUAGAGCUCAUUUUUUUCCAACCAAGGAGGGUCAUAGCAUUAAAUCAAGUUUCCCAUCAGAUCUCUCUGCCUGUUUAGAAAUGGUUUUCUUUAGCUCAUUCACAAAGCUGUAGUUUCCAUGAAACUGUCUUAGCAUGAACACUUUAUGGCCACAUGCUGUCUGGACGGUAGCAUAGCAUGAUUUGGCACAGUCACGGUCCAGAGCUGUGCCUAGGUCAGUCUGUUACAUUCAGAGAACAAAUGGAGAACUGGUAGUUUAUAUCUAAACUCCAACACUCCUCUACUUUCCAUGUUUUUUUUGUGUUAGUCGCUCCUCACUGCCAGUUUUGAUCUGUGGAUGUCAGUGGAGUGUUUUUCUUUUUGUUCCAGGUACUUUCUAAACUGAUGUACAUUUAUACCUCAAUCUCCACAGGUCAUGUCAGGCUUGUUUCAUAUGUAGAAUACUAAGUAUUAAAGUAAUAUUUUUAUUCAUCAUGCCACUGUGACAACACCUUAUUGGUUAUUGAACUGGAUAUGGCUGGCUUAAGUCGAGGCAUCCUUUUUAUAGCUAGGUUUCUAUGUGAUUUUAGAUGCUCCAAUCAGAUCAGACAAUGUGAUUUAUGUGUGUAAAUAUUUUCAGCCGUAUUCUUUUUGUUGGUUUUGUAUAGGCAUGAACUUUGAAACUGUAGUUUCUUUACAGUCGAAUGCAUUCAAAAUGUUUUUCAAGUUCAUGUUGUGAAUCAUAACCGUUAGCAGUAUGACUGGCUGCUGUGCCUUAAAUCUACGACUGAGGGAUAAUGUCUCUUUUUUUAUAUAAAACUUCUCAAUAGUCUGUGCAAUAUAUGCCUUAAACUUUAAAUGUCUGUUUUGUAUAAACAUUUCAAAGGAAUAAAAGUUCAGUUUUUUCAUAAAACAGUUGUCCUGAUUUUUAUUUUCCUGCAAAAAUAAAAUGGAUUCAGUUAUUUAGUGUUGAGUCUCUAAAACCACCUGAUUCACCAGUGUGAUGGCAUCAUCAUUGGAUGUUAAGGGCUGUAAACAUUUCACUAACCUUGAGCAAUAGACCUGAAACAAUCCAGUUUCCAAAACAACAUUUAGACAUGCACAGAAGGAUCCAGAAGGAUUUUUCAUGGGUGUAACCCACUUACUCACUUUUUAAAGUAGUAUGAAGCAUUGUAUUUAGUGAUGCAACAAGCACGAAGAGCAAUUGUGCUAAUUCUAGAUAUUGUUGAUGCCCAAACUGAUUAUUUUAUUGUGUGAUUACAGUAGACAUAUUUUUGUUGCAUUAUCAUUGUUCAAUAUUCUAGAGUAAAGCAAGAUUUGACCCCAAUAUUUAGCUCAGUGGUUCAUGCAAUUCAGCUGUGCACUGCUUUUCCCGUGCUGACCCGUGUUAAAUUGGUUUUAUUUUAAGAAUAGAGCCUGACAAUUCCUUAACUGUACUAUUUUUUCAGUUUUUUGGUAAAUCAGUAAAUUUGAAAAUUCAUGGAUAACAAUAAUAAGUAUAUUUUAGCAUUAAAAAUAUCACUUUGGUUAAAGAGCUUC